UGAAACUCUUGACCUGCUGAUGUCACUUUCUGCCAUCAUACAGGAAAAGCUCUGGAGCACAUCCUCCAUAACCAGUUUAAACCCAGGUUGGGAAUGCGUCCAGACUCCAGAAGGAUUGCCGUUCUGAUCACAGACGGGGAGUCCCAGGAUAAAGUACUCCUGCCUUCAAAGAACCUGAAACACAAUGACAUCGAGGUCUAUGCUAUUGGUGUGCAGGGUGCCAGAGAGAGUGAGCUAAAGGUCAUCGCCUCUGAUAAUGACCACGUGUACUUUCUCAAGGAUUUCAAGUCCCUUAACGGUAUCAUCAGAAAUAUCACCAUCGACCUCUCAAAAGGCUCAAAUAACUUAGGUAAGUAAAAGUCCAUGAUUCCAUCCACCCAACAUCCGCCCAGUUCACCCGGAUGAACUGGCCACAGAGAGGGAAGUCUGGAUGUCUCCCUUUAGGCUGCUGCCCCCAUGACCAAGCCUCGGUAAAGCAGCAUGAAAUGCAUGGUUGGAAAUGUCCCAUAGCAAUGAUCCAGAAGCACCUCCCACUGGAUGAAACGACACAGUCGUGUGUCUUCUCCGUCCCCGCAGGAAACUUCCAUGCAGCCUUGAAGAUCAUUGAGAAGAUGAGGAGCUGGUCCAGUGAUCCACAACGAGGAAGACAACUGCAUUGUUCCUCAUGAGUCUGAGCGUUGA